AUGGUCUUUCGCCAAACAUUUGAACGAGCAUUUCCUGCUCCUGAACGUACACAAAAUCCACAUUUAUUAGCUGAACAGAUAAAUCAACUUAAACAAGGAUCUGAGGAAUCAGUGCACGAUUAUUAUUAUGCAUUGGAUAAAUUAUGUAGAGAAUAUGAUCCACAAAUGUCUGCCAUUGAUAAAACAAUAAAAUUAGUUGGUGGUCUUCGUGAAGAAUUAAAAGAAAAAGUAUUAUCAUUAAACAUUCAAACACCAGAACAAUUUAUGACACAAGCGAAGAAUUAUGAAUCUAGUGAAAAUGUGAUGACACAUCAUCGUAAACAAAAUGGAUCUAUGCAAUUACCCGAGCCAACAUAUAAAUUUGAAUCAAAUGAUUAUUCAAUGGUUGCUGCAUCUAAACCACGUGAACAAUUAAAUCCAUCAUAUUAUCAACAACCUUAUCGAACACAUUCUGAAAAAUUUAAUUAUCCAUUGAAUCGACCAGUCGAGAAUCAUCAACAACAAGCAAGAAAUGGUACAUUUUCAUAUGAACAACAACGUGGUCAACCGUCGUAA